AUGUCUGCAAAACUGUACCCAACUCAUGUCCCGCUUUCUGCAUUUUCCCGCCUGGCGCUUUCAGUUCAAUCAGCUGCCACUGCUAUAGUAGACCCUAGAAGAGGAGAUAUGGUCGCAGCAAUGGGAGAAACAACUGCCAUAGGCCCUGUUCUCGAGAAUAUUCGGUGAGUAAGAAUACAGUAUUUGAAGCCGAUUCGAGGCUAGCUAGAGACGUAAGAAGCUAUACUUUGAACAAAUAAGGCUUGAUCUAUGAAAGCGCCAGUUUCUGGAACAGUUCAGGCAAUAAAAAUUUGUUUCAAGGACCUGUUUUAGUUUCUCAAGCAGAAGAAGAGGGCUCAAGCCAUAAUUUUUUAAUUUAUUCGGCACAUUGAAAAAAAAAAGCAGGCUGCAUAAUGUUUUUUAAAAAAAGAUUUCGCGAUAUAUUUAUAGAAUUCUUUCAUCAAUAUUUGAUGGGCUAUCAAAUUUUUUUCAUGUAAAUGUUAACUUUCAUAAUUAUAUCUUGUUCGUAGAUUAUUUUUUUAAAGAAAAACGAAUGGAAAAACGACGUCGUCGGCCGACGGCUCCUUCGCGAGAAACCCAGAAUUUCGAACAAAACUAUUGAUAGGAAUUAUUUGACUUCACUGCCUCAAGGGACUCUUGGUAAAGAAUAUUCAAAGUAUGUUUCUGAUCUUUUUUUUUGACAAUGAUCUUGUUUUCAGUUUCCUGGAAAACUUGAAAACUUCUCCGGAUGCCCGACCAGUUGUGAAAUAUAUCAACAAUCUAGAACAUCUGUAUGUUAUGCAGAGGUACCGAGAAACUCACGACUUCACUCAUGUUGCUCUCCAAAUGAAAACGAAUAUGUUGGGCGAGGUACUAUUAAAUAAAAAAAUAUCUUUUCAAAUGGCUUCAGGUUGCUGUCAAAUACUUUGAAGGGAUACAGCUCGGUCUUCCAAUGUGUGUGACAGGCGGAGUUUUUGGCGGAGCACGACUUCUUACCAAGUCAGCCGUUAGAGCUUGUUAGAAUCAAAGUUGCUUUUUCAGACAUCGUCAGGAGUUUUUGCAACGAUAUCUACCUUGGGUAAUUGACCAGGCAUCUCAUGCGCGACUUUUCAUAACUUACGAUUGGGAAAACCAGUUCGAAAAAUCCCUGGAAGAAGUUCAACAAGAACUCGACAUUGUGCCAUUUGAAGAAUAUGGAAAUUAA